AUGUACAAGGUAUUUGUUGGGGAUACUAGUAGUGGAAUUGUUCAACUGAAAGACAUGUAUGCUUUAUUCAUGCAAACGAGUACUAAGUUCAUCAAAACAAGAUUAGGAAUUCGAGAUUGGAGACAGAUCAUGGUUCAAAUUGUUGAAAAGAAUGUUUCUAGUACUAGUAUGUUAAACUCUUCAUUCAUCCGUAAGUUUUUAGAGAUGCAGGCAGUACAUGGAUCAACAGUAGGGAUGUUGAGGUGUAGGCGUUUUCAGGUUGGCGCUCAGCUUCGCAGGGUUUACAGCUGGCCAACAGAGGCCAAACUAGGCGUCUAUAGAGGAGAUAUACGGUAUAGUUAG